AUGGAUACCCUUGAUAGAGAAAUCCAAACCCCAAAUUCAGGUCGUAAACAAGGCGGCCUUGAUAGAGAAAUCCAAACCCCAAAUUCAGGUCGUAAACAAGGCGGCUGGAUCACCUUCCCCUUCAUUAUCGGGGCAUUGGCAGGGUUGACACUGGCUGCUGGAGGAUGGAUGUCGAACCUCAUUGUGUAUUUGAUUCAGGUAUUCAAUUUAAAGAGCAUUGAUGCUGCUCAGGUUUCUAACAUAGUGAAUGGAGGAUCAAGUCUGUUUCCUAUAGUUGGAGCUAUUAUAGCUGACUCUUGCUUGGGCUGUUUCGCCGUGAUCUCAAUAUUUUCCAGCAUCUCUUUACUGGGCACAGGUUUUCUUGCCUUAACCGCUACAGUAAAUUCAUUGAGGCCUCAACUCUGUAUUGAUGGAUCCAGCUUUUGCAAAGCCCCAUCAAAGGUUCAAUUCCUCGUCCUUUAUGCAGGAAUAGCUCUGGCAUCUAUUGGUCAGGGAGGCACGCGUUUUACUUUAGCAACAAUGGGAGCAAACCAAUUCCGUAAGCCCCAACAGCAAGGGAUUUUCUUCAAUUGGUACUUUUUCACUCUAUACACUGCCUCUGUUGUAAGUUCCACAGCUAUAGUCUAUAUUGAGGACAACCUGAGUUGGGGGUUGGGUUUCGGAAUAUGCGUUGCUGUUAAUUUCAUUGGCUUAGCCAUUUUCUUGCUGGGAAACUGGUUCUAUUUACAUGACAAGCCUCUAGGGAGUCCAUUCAUGAAUAUUGCUCGUGUAAUGGUGGCUGCUUUUAAGAAAAGAAACCUCCCACUCUCUCCCCUGAGCGAGGAUUAUUACGAUGAACAUAAUCAAGCAAUGACUUUGGAGGCUGCAGGCCCUACAAAUAGUUUCAGGUUCCUCAACCGUGCGUCAUUGAAAGCUGAAGGAGACAUUGGAUCAGAUGGCUCAAUAGCAAAGCCGUGGAGUCUUUGCACAGUGCAACUUGUAGAAGAUCUGAAAACCUUGAUCAGAAUUUUUCCAUUAUGGUCUUCAAGUAUAUUUUUAAGCACCCCAAUAGGAAUCCAGCUCAGCCUGACAAUACUCCAAGCUCUGAGCAUGGAUCGUCACCUUGGACAACAUUUCAAAAUCCCUGCUGGCUCUAUGAUAGUCAUAGUGUUAAUUUCCACAUCCAUUUUUCUCACCCUGAUUGAUCGAUUCUUUUGCCCUAUGUGGCAGAAGCUGAUUGGGAACUCUCCAUCGGCCCUCCAGCGAAUAGGCAUAGGCCAUGUGUUGAACAUGCUAGGAAUGGCAGCGUCAGCAUUGGUGGAAUCAAAACGGCUCAAAAUGGUCCAUGCCUACCAUCUCCAGUCUCAACCAACGUCCGUAUUGCCCAUGUCGGCUUUAUGGCUGUUUCCCCAACUUGUUUUGGUUGGAAUUGGAGAAGCCUUUCAUUUCCCUGGACAAGUUGCACUCUAUUAUCAAGAAUUUCCUGCAUCUCUAAGAAGCACAGCAACUGCUAUGAUUGCCAUGAUUAUUGGGAUAGGUUUCUACUUGAGCACUGCUAUAAUUGAUUUUCUUAGGAGGGUUACCAGCUGGUUACCUGAUAACAUAAAUAAUGGGAGGUUAGAUCAUGUUUAUUGGGCCUCAACUGUGGUAGCAUUGGUUAACUUUGGUUAUUACCUUGCUUGUGCCAUGUUGUAUACGUAUCAGAAUGUUGGAAAGGAAGUGGCUGAUAGUUCUGGUUGAGAAUGUUAGAUAUAGAGAUUUUUCUAUGGUACUCUAGAGAUAAUAUCUUUUUGU